AACUGUAGCCUAGACUAAUUAACAUCUAUAAGCUUGUCCGUCUCUUACGUAGGAUCACGGAUAUUGUUUUCUAUUAUAGCUCAGUGCGUAGGAUUCGUAAUUUCUCUCCCGGAAGUGAUCCGCAGUGAUUUGGUCAUGCGGUAUCUGCGCUCUCUAGUAACUCAGACAUGCGUUCGCUAGUUGGUCUCAUUGCUGUUUUAUUGACGGCUACUCUUUACCUUUAUUUACUGUCCUUUUACAUCCCCCCUGGUCCCCGGCUGCCUGAGCAAGACCCUGAAGGAGAGACGAGAAAAUCUAAUGAUGGAGACAACCCAAGUGAAAUGGAGACUUCAGCCUCCAGGAUGAAGUUCCCAUCAGAUCUGGAUGAACUGAAAGAGAUGGCAGAGCUGUUGCAGUUUUAUAAGACAGAGCACACAGGAUAUGUGCUGUUACUCUUCUGCAGUGCCUACCUCUACAAGCAGGCUUUUGCAAUACCGGGUUCCUCUUUCUUAAACAUCUUGGCUGGUGCUUUGUUCGGGACAUGGUAUGGUCUUCUCCUGGCCUGUGUCCUCACCACAGUGGGUGCCACUCUCUGUUUCCUCAUGUCCCAGGCAUUUGGCAAGCAGCACAUUGUGAGACUCUUCCCUGACAAGAUCGCCAUCCUGCAAAAGAAGGUUGAGGAAAACAGAAGUAGCUUGUUCUUUUUUCUGCUGUUCCUGAGAUUCUUUCCCAUGAGUCCAAACUGGUUCUUAAACAUGACCUCCCCGAUACUGAAUAUUCCAGUCACUCUUUUCAUCAUGGCUGUCUUCAUUGGCCUGAUGCCAUACAACAUCAUCUGCGUCCAGACGGGAUCAAUGCUGUCUCAAAUCUCCUCUCUGGAUGACUUGUUCUCCUGGAGUGUGGUGUUAAAACUACUGCUUAUUGCCUGUGUUGCUCUGCUGCCUGGGGCUCUGAUUCGUAAAUACACUCGGCAUCUCCACCUGGAUGGUCAUGAAACAAAUGGACUCGGUCAAGACGAGAAGAAGAACAGAUAAAAGACAGUGUGGGGUCAGAGAUUCGAUCCCCCUUGGCUGGUUUGUGGGUGACUACUAUUUGUAUUUACAGUGGCUUUUAAGAGCUCUUAAAUCUUUUUUGUGGCCUCACAAAAUUUUUAAAUGACUUCACCUGGAAGGCUGCUAUGUCUUUACUGGCAUGGACUGAAAUUUAAGUGAGAAAAAAUGACUUUUGCUGCCUUUUUGGGAAGUUCUGUAUUUAUAUAAUAUAAUAUUGGUGGUCUUGAAUUCUGAUUCCUGCCUUUAUGUGCAAAUCACAGAAAUAUGAAACUAUAUUAAUAGGUCAGUUUUCUCUUACUAUAUGUACUGUACAUGUAUUCUAGUGCACAUCAGCUGUCCAUCACAGGUGUUCGUGGUUUAAAAGUGAAAUUUUGCAGCAAAAUAUAGACAUUUGAGGUAUUUGAUACCAUUCUUCUGUAUUUACAAACUGUAAUAUCAUGGAUUUUGGUUGAAGUUUCACCUCAGCCUUAAAAGUGACCUACCUCACUGAAGUGAAAUGUUUCAUAUUUUACUUUCUUGGAGUACUUGUAAAUAUUAAAACAUCAAUGUGUAAAUAUUCGCUAUGGGGUUUGUUUCUUUAUGGGGAAGAGGGCAGUAUGUGAAGUCCUGCCUUGUCACUGAAAGCCCAUCCAACUUAAUAGUGUUGAAAUGAUGAAUUAAAGCUAAUUCUGGUUUAUGUAUCAGUGGCAUUAGCAAUGCUGGGAGCAGAAUGCAGUAUUUUUAUUCACCGAACACCCACAUCAUGUGAGUAAAGCCGUUUACAGUGUGAUCAAUCAUCUGAUAAUAAACUCGUUCCAUUAGAUUUUGUCCGAAUA